GUGCAAGUGUCAAUCAUCCUGUGAAGUAGGCGGGUCUAGUGGAAAAUGGCGACCUUAUCUGUCGGAGAGCCUCAAGAGAUGGAAGUUGACAGGAGGGGUGAGUCUGAGGAAUCUGGAGAUGAUGAGACCAAGAGGAAGAGUUUCAAUGGUGAGGUUGACUCCCUACAAGCGCCUUCGACUGUACCAGAGGAAUCACCAGUUGACAUGGACACAAUAACCUUAGAUCCAGAUGAAGAGGAUGUGGAUCUAGUCCAUUGUCGGAUUGGGAAGAUUGAGGGUCUGGAGGUUCUUAAGAAGGCAAAGACAAUUUCUCUCAGACAAAACCUCAUAAAAUGUAUUGAAAACUUGGAAAGCCUUGGCUCAUUGAAGGAACUCGACCUUUAUGACAACCAGAUCCGCAAACUAGAGAAUCUUCAGGCGUUAACAGAGCUUGAGCAGCUAGAUGUAUCAUUCAACAUUUUGAGGAAGAUUGAGGGAUUGGAUUGCCUCACAAAACUCAAGAAGCUCUUCCUGCUUCAUAAUAAGAUAUCAGGCAUUGCCAAUCUGGAUCAACUGACGGGCCUCCAGAUGCUUGAGCUAGGCUCUAACCGCAUCAGGGUUAUCGAGAAUCUGGAUUCUCUUGCUUCUUUGGAUAGUUUGUUCCUUGGCACAAAUAAAAUCACUCAGCUACAGAACCUUGAUGGACUGCAUAAUCUGACCGUUCUCAGUAUCCAGAGUAACCGGAUCACAAAGUUGGAGGGACUCCAGAAUCUUUUGAAUUUGCGUGAGCUCUACUUGAGUCAUAACGGCAUUGAAGUCAUAGAGGGCCUGGAGAACAAUAAAAAGCUGACAACUUUGGACAUUGCUGCAAACAGGAUAAAAAAGAUUGAAAAUAUCAGCCACUUGACUGAUUUAAAAGAAUUUUGGAUGAAUGACAACCAGAUUGAGAACUGGGCAGACUUGGAUGAACUUAAGAAUGCCAAAGGUCUAGAGACUGUCUAUCUGGAGAGAAACCCCCUGCAGAAGGACCCUCAAUACAGACGCAAGAUCAUGCUGGCACUGCCCAGUGUCAGGCAGAUUGAUGCCACCUACAUCCGUUUCUGACCAUCCACCCAACCCCACUGUGUCCUUCCUCACCCAGCCAUCCUCCGCACAUUAUGAACACACCACCACCAUCUUUUCCACAUGAAGCAUUGUCCUCAACACCUCCUGCCAUAUUUAUCUCUUAUUUUUAACAAAAAUAAAGAAAGGAAUCACACACACCCAGUGUUGCCAUUCCAUGUGCUGGCACCUUUUACUCAUACUCAGAGACUAUACCUAUGCCCUGACUUAUGCUAUAGAGUGAAUGCUUGUUAAUUUAUUUUCAGCUUAGGACCGAGGCCAUGCUCGGGGCAACUUGCAAGAUGCUGACACCUGCUGUUUGGAAAAUGUUCAGAAGGGUGACCUUAGCAUUUUGUUUAGAAAAUGUUUCCAAUGUAACUAUUCCUUCUCUCUUUCUGCAUCCAAGUAACAUCCUGUAUAGGUCAGAGGCAUUUGUUUAACAUCAGAUGUUUUUGCCCUGUAUAAUUUACAUCAGGUGUUGGGAUUGUUACUGUAUGAGAUGAUAAAAAGAUCAGUGUUCAUUUUACAUUCAGAUACUGCAGAAGAUGAUAUUGUGUGAAUUGUUCUUUUCUCACAUCAGAUCUAGCAGUGAACACUACAAGGACUGCUUUGUUGAAGGGUAAAUAGGCCAUACUGUAGUAGAUUCAACAUGCAUAUCAGUUUGUUUAUCAUGUAUCUUGUUGCAGCAGUAUGUUAAAAGACUGCUGUGUCGAUUAAAAGCUUUUUAUUUAAACAGAUUUUGGCCUUGUUGACUUGACAGUUGUGAGGUCUUAGUUGAAAUGUGACAGACUUUAACUCUUUUAAAAUGAAGAAAUGAAGAGCCUCACUGAAAGAUUAAUGCCACCAAAUUUUGAGUUCUAGUUGAUAGCAUGUUAGACCUAGUCUUAAUAUUGACAGAGCAGGUUGAUAUCAGGUGUUAUUUCUUCGUUAUUUUUUAUUUGACUUUUUUGUUGUUGAAAGAAUCAAACAACACAUGCACAUGAAAUAUUCUCUCAGACGACUCCUAGAAAUGUUGGAUCCCCCUAGUGGGAGAUAAAUGGAAGGGGGCACUGUGUUGUGAAUAGCACUAAGGCAAUUCCAUUACUCUGGAGGGUGGGGGUCUGAUGGGCUCACGUAGCUGAUUAUUUGUGGUAUUAACCAAUUCCUUUAAAAGGGUCAAAGAACGACAGGUUUAUUUUUAAUUUACUCGAAUGUUCACUUUGUUUUACAAGCUUUGUCGACCGUUUCUGAAUUGAAUGUACUAGUAUAAAUAAAUACAAAAUAAAGAAUUUGAACAAUG